AUGAAGCGCAGCUGCGGCCCAAGUUGGCAGCCGCGCGGCGAGUCUGUCGAGACUACGGUGUCGAGCAUUGGGCGGUCCCACAGCGUGCGUAUCGCAGCCACCGCACCGCUGAUGAGGGUGAAGGCGAGCGAGAGGAACAGCACGGCCGCCGCGAGCAGGGCGCCCAUGUACAGCAGCACAGUCGCAAGAUACAGCCGCCGCCCGCCAAAGCGGCUGACGAGUUCGAGGAGAUUCGGCGACAUCAGCAACCAGCCACCCUUGCGGCACCCACUUGAGGAUGUAGGAGCCGAAGCCGAAGUGGAACUGGAAGAUGCGGAGGAGGAAGAAGAUGACGACGACAACGGCCACAUACUCGCAGAGAAGCAGAGGGAGUACAGCAGCACCACAUGA